AUGGCCACAAAUGGUGCAGCGAACGGAGCUCGGAGCGAAAAGUUACGUGGAUUUAAGUCAAUGUCAAGGGUUUGGAACCUUGGAAAUGUUCUUCCUCGUCUCUUGCUGGAUUCCAGAGGUUCACGGAUGUUGCAAUGUGACCACUACAUGCCGUCGGAUCCGUACAAUCCAAUAGUGGAGGGGCAUUUACGGGACAUCGGCUUUUAUCACGUUUCACAUAUUGGAGUUGUCCAAUAUCAGUCGGCAUUGGUUAAUGCUUUGAUCGAGAGAUGGCGCCUUGAGACUCACAUAUUCCAUUUUUCAAUUGGUGAGUGUGCUGUGACGCUGGAGGACGCGGCGAUAAUUCUUGGUCUUCCGAUGAAUGAUCUGCCAGUUACAGGACCGACACUCAGUAGUUAUGAGGCGUUAGAGGCUGAAUGCUUAAAUCAGUUUGGUGUUGCACCUAGGAAGGCGGACUUUAGAGGAAGUUUCAUCAAGUUGACAUGGUUUCGAGGAUUGAAGGAUCGUUUAGUGUUGGCUGAUGAUAUUCACAUUCAGAGGUACGUGAAGUGUCACAUAAUGUUAUUGUUUGGGACCGUUAUGUUUAGAGAUAAGUCUGGGGCAACGGUGCACUGGAAGUUUCUACCGUUAUUCUGUAAUUUUACUAAGAUCAUACAGUUUAGUUGGGGAUCGGCAUGCCUAUCACACCUGUAUAGAGCGUUGUAUAGGGCAACUCGUGUCGACUGUAAGGAGAUUGAUGGUGCACUGACACUUUUACUUACCUGGGCUUGGAACCGUCUACCAUUUCUUGCGCCGAUUCCUGGCAAUUCUCGACUCUUUCCGAUUACAAAUAGGUAA